AUGAAUUUACAAGCUGAAACCAUUGAUGAUAAUUUCAUAGAAAAAGUGGUAGAUGAACCACAAAUAACAUUGAAGGCUAUACUUGAUGGUAUAGAUACAUCAAAUAUUAUUAAAGUAUGGAGAAUUAUUAGAAUAGGAGAUGAUAUUCUUGAUAAUUCACCAGUACUUACAGCAUUAGAGUCAUCUACUGAAGUUAAUACAAUAUCACGAACAGUAGAUUUUACUCUCCAAAGUCUAAGACAACUUCAAGGAUCUUAUCAUAAAAAAAAUGCUCAGAGAAUUAUUCCUCAAAGAAAUCGUUUUGGUGUAGCAUUUUCAACUGCUAAAACUGCAAUUAAUAUUGCAUUAGAAACUGGAAGUGAUACUGAAUUAGUAAAAUUAUUAAAAGAUUUCAUUUUGAAUAAGCAAAGGAGUUGUAAUGGUGAUGGUAUUGAAUCAGAAAUUAUUAAUGUAGUUGUGAAAAGUAAUAGUCAAAUUGUUUUUUUACAGGAGAAUUUGAUUAAUCAAACUACAAAUCCGUAUGUUAUUAAAAUUUGA